GGGGCAUUAUUUCACGACGGGAGUCCAAAACUCGCCUUCUUCGAUCUUUAGCCCAUAAAUAUUGGUUCAUACAGAGACCGACAACCCGAACCGGAAAUCGUAUCCGCUGCAAAACCUGCAAAUUGCAUGUUCUCUACUUUCGAACUUGAAGAUCAGUAGCCACUCCUUCGUGCUCCCGAGGCAUCUCUUGAAGAUCUCACAUCCAAUUCGAGCAGGAACUCGACCAUCUUCGUUCGCGCGCGCAACCAAUCGGAUUACGCACUUCUGUUCACAAACCCUAGAAAAUGUCAGGGGGGUUUUUCCGGGGUACUUCUGCGGAUCAAGACACUAGGUUCUCCAACAAGCAAGCUAAGCUGCUGAAAUCGCAGAAGUUUGCCCCAGAAUUGGAGCAUCUGGUGGACAUGACUAAGGUGAAGAUGGAUGUGAUGAGACCUUGGAUUGCAAAACGAGCUACUGAACUUGUAGGGAUUGAAGACGAAGUGCUUAUCAACUUCAUCUAUGGUCUUCUAGAAGGAAAGGAUGUAAAUGGUAAAGAGAUCCAAAUCCAACUGACUGGGUUCAUGGAGAGGAAUACUGGGAAGUUCAUGAAAGAGCUUUGGUCACUACUCCUUAGUGCACAGGGUAGUGCAAGUGGUGUUCCACAGCAGUUCUUGGAUGCAAAGGAAGAGGAAACGAGGAAGAAAAAGGUGGAGGCUGAUCACAUUACAAAUGAAAUACAGAGGAGAAAGGAUAGGGAAUACCAAGAACUUGAGCAAGAGAAAAGGAAGGCGGCAAGUGAUGUUUCCAUUUCAAGAGAUAAGUAUGCUGGAUUGGGACCAUCUUCAGAGCAUCACGCGAAGCGUUCUCCCACACCUUCACCGGAAAUGGAGCAUUAUAUUGAUAAAAAUGGUCCAAGAGGAAGAUUAAGGGCUUCAAGGUCUCCACACUCACACUCUCACUCACAACCUCCAAGGGAUAGACGCUCAAGGUCAAUCAGCCGGUCAUUUUCCAACUCUAGAAGUUACUCAGGUGAAAAGAGUAGGCCAAGUCCUGAACAUAGAGGGCGCUCAAUGUCUUCUGAAAGGGAACACGUGUCCCCAAUCAAACGGUCAACUACGCCUCGCCGUAAGCACUCACCCCAACGAUCUUUCUCUCCACCAAGACGAAGGCGCAGAUCAGUGUCCCGUUCAAGGCGUAGGUCACCUUCUCCCAUACGACACCGUAGGCGUUCUCCUUUGUGCCGCAGGUCAAGGUCUCCAGUACGACGUGGUUCAAGAUCGCCAAUGCGGCGUAGAUCGAGAUCGCCUAUGCGGCGUAGGUCAAGAUCACCAAUGUGGCGCAGGUCAAGAUCACCAAUGUGGCGUAGGUCAAGAUCACCUGUAAGACGCAGAUCUCCUUCACCUAUUCGUCGAAGAGCACCAUACCGCACACGCCAUAGAUCACCAUCUCCUUAUAAAAGACAGUCUCGACAUUCUCCAUCGAGCCCUCGGCGUGGUUCUCCUGCUGUUCGUCGCCCUGUAUCUGGUCGCAUGGUAUCUAGGUCACCAGUGAGAAGAUCUAGGUCACCUAUACAAAGGAGAUCCCCAUCUCUUAGUGAUUUGGUUUCUGAUUCACCUGCUCACCAGAGAAGCCUUUCACCAGUUAAGCGGAGAUCACCGAAACGUGAAAGGAUGUCACCUGUUGAUUCCCCUCCUGAAAGGAUGAGGUCAAGGAGUCCCAAAAGGAGAAACUUGAAUGAAAGGAAUGAAAAGAUAAUUCAAACCAGAAGCCCAAGUCCUUCACAAAAGAUGAGAGAGCAUAAAUUACAGGACGAUACCUGUCAGAGAAGCCCAGACGUGAGAGAUGCCAAUUCUUCUAGGCAACAUGGUGAGAAGAAGUUAAGGCCAGAUGACGCUAGACGCUCCUCUAAUCGGUCUGGGUCAUGGAAGAGAAAUGAAGCAUUGAAAAUUGAGAAGGCAUCUGGAGGGGCAAACGACAUCAAAGAUUUUGAUAACAGUCAAAGGUCACCUGUGACACAUACGAAGUCUCAUUUAGAUAACAAGAAUGAUAUUGAAUCAUAUGGGUUGGAGGGUCCCAAAACCAAUUAUGAGAACAAUGUUAAUCCACCUAAAGCGUCAAAUACUCUGAAUGAGCCAUCUAAGGAAGAAGAGGAAACUGAAAACAUUGGGGGUUCAGGCUGCGAGGAAAGUGGGAAGCAGAGAUGCAGAGUUAAGGAAAAGAGGAAGCACAAGAAGAGAUCUGCCAGACACAACUCUUCUUCAUCUUCAGAUGGUUCUAGUUACGACUCAGAUGUGGAUGAGAGGAAGGAGGCUAAGAGAAGGAAGAGAGAAGAGAAGAGACUGAAAAAGGAGGAGAAGCGUAAGCAGCGGCGGGAAGAGAGACACCGUCGAAGGGAAGAAAGACGCACCAUGAAACAAAAGUUGAAAUCUUAUGAUGAUGUCAUCUCCGGAGAAGUUGAUAACACUACAAAUGGUGGUCAUUCUUCAGAAGAUACUGAUACAGCAAAAAAACUCGAAAUUGAGUUGAGAGAGAAGGCUCUUGAGUCUCUCAGGGCAAAACGGGGAAUUGGCCACUGACUCAUAUGCUGUUUCUGGAUAUUGGAUUGUCAUUUUAUUACCAUUAUUAUUAUAUAAUAUUUAUUUUUCUAAAGACUAUUGCCUGGUUGAAAUGUGUAUGGAUGCUUAAUCCACUCUUAUCUUUUUAAUCAUGACAGCUGGAUUGCCUAAAAGGCUAAAAUGAAGAAUCCAUGAGCUACUUGUGUCUUGAGUGCAACUUUUUGCUGACCUACGUUCUAAAUUUGCUGAUGAGAAUAUUUUCACCUAGGUGACCUGGUUGAGCAAAUCUAUGCAGCCUUCCAUCAUACAUACGUACAUAAUACAGGGUUCACAUUGACACACAGUUAGGCUUUGUAUUUGAAGAAUAUUGGAGAGGAGAAAAGGGAAGAAGUGUCAUGUCGUUCCGUGUCUAGUUGGGCAAUUUAGGGGGUAGUGUUUUGUUUCAUUCAUUUAUCACUUCUUUAAGUAAAACUGUUCUGGCUUAUCUAUACGUAAAGAUAUAUUUUAAAAAAAAUUUAUUACCACCAAAAAUAUAUUAUCAAAGAAUCUAUCUUUACAUAUUUUCCCCAUAUUGCUAUGUGGAAUUGGCCUAAUAGGUCUGACUCGGUUUGGUCCAUUUAAACUCGGUAAGCGAGCGAGUGUCGAUAUGCAACGACACCUUGACUAUUUUGGCGUCGUCGUCUAUCCUUGUUCCAUUUGACAAGCUAAUUGGCUUAGAGCAAGAACGUCACAUUUUCUCAAGAAUUUUUAUAUCAAUGAUGGAAUUAGCUUAACUCAUAUGCUUCAUUCAUGUCAAAAAGAGAUUUUUACAAAAUUUUAGUAGAUUCGAUCAUUUUUUCAUUACUACGUACUAUAAAUGUGUCGUCUUGACAUCGAAUAACAUAUCUCGCAAUUA